AAACUAUGCACCGUGUACCACUGUCUGUUUGGUUAAUAUGCCGGUGAACUUUUGAGUAAUCAUCAGCUGUCCCUCCUGUUGUAUCUUGCUCAAGCCUUUUCCUUGGGUGGGUCUUACUACAGAUUCUGACGACAGAUAUGACACUUUUCAUAUAACCGCAUUUUGAGAUACAAACAACUUUUCACAACUGCAGUAUCAUCUGUGAAGACUAAAAGACACUUAGAGGGUAGCAGACAUUCAGAGCCAGCACAAAAUGCUUUUCACACAGACUUCAAGCACCUUAAAUUCAAAUACAGCACAACUCUGAGACAUUACUCUAGCAAAAUACAGGUGUUAUUUCUCUGAAGAAGAUGGAUCCAUAUGGCACCGAAUUCUGCUACCAGAGAAACACCAGUGUGAUCCUUUUCCACUAUAACUACACUGGGAAGUUGCAAAACAGACAGCCCGGGGAAGGUGUAGACAUCGCAUGGAUUGUGUUUUUCGCUAUCAGCUGUUUCAUUGUUCUAGAGAAUUUUUUGGUACUCAUUGCUAUUGUUAGCAAUACCCGUUUCCGCAGCUGGGUCUACUAUUGUAUUGCUAACAUCAGCUUAAGUGACAUGUUAACAGGGUUGGCCUAUAUAAUGAACCUUUUCAUGUCAGGUAAAAAGACCUUCCAACUAACGACUACUUGGUGGUUCAUCAGAGAAGGUGCACUUUUUGUCUCCUUAGCAGCUUCCAUUUUUAGUUUGCUUCUGACAGCAGUAGAACGAUAUUGUACAAUGAUCAAACCCAUCUUGCACACUGAAAUAAGGAAAAUUUAUCGUGUGUAUAGCCUCAUUGCACUAUGCUGGGCCUUAGCCUUCCUUAUAGGACUACUGCCUCUGUUUGGCUGGAACUGUAUUUGUGAUUUUCAGAACUGCUCAACUCUUCUGCCUUUGUAUUCCAAACAUUAUAUUCUAUUUUGUGUGGUAAUGUUUAUUGUGAUACUAAUAGGAAUAGUUUUCUUCUACUCAUCAAUUUAUCGCUUAGUACAGAUUAAAUCCAAGACAGUGGCCAGCACACGUAGCAGGCAGAAAUCUUUUAGACUUCUCAAAACGGUUUUCCUGAUCUUUGGAGCUUUCAUUGUCUGCUGGUUUCCACUUUUUGCUCUGUUGCUAAUGGAUGUUUUCUGUAAGUCAAGCCCCUGUGGUCCACUGCACAACAGUGAAUGGGCCAUUGCAUUGGCUGUUCUAAACUCUGCCCUCAAUCCAAUGAUCUACUCAUUAGGCAGUUUGGAAGUCCGAAAAGCAAUUCUGAAUGUUCUCUGUUGCUGUUGUAUCAGAGUUGGAUGUUUUGAAAACAUGGAAUGUUUGACAUUUUCUGAUAGUGCUGCAGGAAACUCUACAGAAAGUUCACUUCGAAUAAGAGAGAGUUUUCGAAACCUUAGAGCAUUAAGCACCAGUACAAAUGGAGAAACAUCACAACCAACUAGCCCACAUGACUCUCGUAAAUGGAGAAGCCGUGUUCUUUCUUCUAGCUCCAACUUGACUGAAACUGCUGUGUUAUCACAGAGUCCACCUUGACUAUAAAGUGUAUCAUAUUCUGUAAACCCAGCAUCAUACAAGAGUUUGUGUGAUCCUUGUACAAUGUUAAGACAUUACAGAUGAAAUGAGUGUUAACAAAACAAAUUGCAAUGUAUGAGCCAAUACCGUGACGGGCUCAUUUUUAAAACAGAGAUUUACCUUUACAGGUGAUAGAUUAUUACAAAAUAUGCUUACUUGUAUAGGAACAUGUCUUGAUGUACAUCACCUGAAGUGGACACAUUAAGAAUGAAAGAUUAAGAUGAACAACUAAUGUAGGUACAGCAAGCACUAUUAAAUAAAUUGAUCCUCAAAGGUAACACUCACAGUUUGAAAAAAAAGCCUCCUUUACAUCCUUAGAAUAAAAGAACUGCUAAUUUCGGA